CCAAGAGUGGAGCGCGUUUUGCCCCUUCUUUUCCAAAGGCAACGGAGCAGUCUCGCCCGAGAAAAGAGAAGAACCUCCUUGAGGCCUACUAGCCAGGGUAUUUGGAACACGGCCGAUCAGUACCUACGACGCGUACCUGACAAACGGACGAGGAAACUUUUACACGUUGAACGAAAGAAGUCAGGAACGGUGCUCGAACUGAAAAAGUCCAUAAAGAUUGUCAAAUAUGUCGGAGGGUUGCACAAGGUGCAGGGGCGCCAACUACACAGGAAGUUCUUUGCAACUGAGCUCGACUGCUGCUGGUGGAACCGGAACAGGAUCAGGGACUGUACCAAGUUGCACGACUGCACGAAAAGUACAGGUGCGAGCAAAAGUUCUCUAUGGUUCAGGAAAGGCCAUAGCGAACAUGCAAGCUCAGGAAAAGGCCGCAAGACACUGACAAGAAUCACAGUGUUUUCCCUUUCCUCGAUAUUGGCCCGCGACCUGUUGAAGAACCACGAGCAAACUGACGUACAACGAUCUUCGCCAAUCCUGGAGGAAGAUGCUGGAAAAAAUGUGGAGAAAGCUUCUAUCAUUGCAAGUGGGGUCGAGGAUAUAAUAGAGAGAAAGCAUGAAGAUCCAGACUCAGAUUGUCUCGGCUUACGGAAGAGUAAGGGUGAUAACGUAAAGAUUCUGGAUGGACCAAUUGAUUCUGGAUAUAACAAGGAAAUUGAAUCGGCUUCAUCGCUUUCGCCUGUUUUGGAAGAUACUGAAGAGAUAAAGGGAAGAGGAAAUGAAGAAGAAGAGAAAGAAGACGAAAAGGGAGAGAAAUACAAUGGUAAUUUGAUUAACGUUGUCACUGAGUCUAUCGACUUCACGGGACACAAUGGUGGAUCUAUUGAUAAGAACAGGUCUCUGAUAUUUAAAAAAACACGAUCAUUUGAUUUUGGUGAUAAGGAUGAUAAGAAAGUGAUUUUUGAUAACGAAGAUAUUAUGGUGAAGGGUUUGAUCGGUGAGAGUCUGCCAGAAUUAUCUAGGGAGUAUGACAAGAUCGUGCAGAAUGUUCAAAGAUUGGUUGGAGUUGAAGAUGAGAAAUUGAGAGUUAGCACAAACGAAACUUUUGAUUUUGGAAAAGGAAUUACUAAGGAAGCGGAGGACGAUAAUUUUAAGAGAAUCAAAACUGAAGAAUCUGUUGGUAGUGAGGAGACUGGUAGGGUAAGUGAUGUCACUAAAGAAAGGACAAAGCAGGAUAGCGGAGGAGAAAAAAUUUUGAAAAAUAUUUCAAGAAAUGGUGGAAUUGAAAAUAAUUUACGAAAGAGAGAAGAUGACGAAGUUUUGAGUACGGAAAAUGUCAGUCCACCGUCAGACACCAAGGAAUCCGAUACUCGUAAAAGAUUUAUUAAAAUUUCGAGCUCUUGGGAAACAAUGAAUUCCACUGAUAAUGAGAAUAUCGAAAAGAUUCAAUUUUAUCCACUUAAGGGAACUACUGUGAACUAUCAACAAACUACCUUCAAGCCCAUCCUAGCCGAGGAGCUGCGUAGGAAACUGGAGCAUCCCGAAGAAGAGGUACAGUAUCUGCCAAUGGAGUCCCGGAGUCCAGGGACGCAGAUAGAAAAUAAAAAUCAACAGUCGAAAGGUGAAGAUUUCGAGCCGAGCGAAGAAGACGUAAUGGCGGCUGUGAAUUUUGGAAUUCGAGCUAUGAAGAAUCUCUACCAAGUCAAAGAACCUGCACUAUAUUCAAUGGGUCUCUUUUUAAACCCUGACAAUCCGGCACGUUACGUAGCAGCUUUCAAUGAUCAAACACCGGAAGCAAAAGAAUUGGCAAAAUACGGAUACGCCGCUUUGGUUGGUGUCAAAAAGUUUAUAAGCAAAAAUCCUAAUAUUUCAAGAGGAAUAGACAUGCUAAGAGCCAAUAGACGUUUUUCACUUCAAAGGCAAUGCCCUCAGAGAGGAACGCCGGAAUGUCCUCCAGCUAGUUUGAGAUACAGAACAGCCGAUGGAAGCUGUAACAAUCUUCAAAAUUUAUGGUGGGGUUCUGCCAUGUCCACGAUGCAAAGAUUAUUGCCUGCAUUUUACGAUGACGGAAUACAGUCAGUGCGGAGAUCAAUAACAGGAAAAAGUCUUCCAAGUGCUCGAAAAAUAUCUGACUUGAUUCACGAGGAUCGAGACGUUCCAAGUCCGUCGAUUACACACAUGCUGAUGCAAUGGGGUCAAUUUAUAGACCACGACAUUACAGCCACUGCUCAGACCAGAGGAUUUAACGGAACAGUACCGCAAUGUUGCGUCGGUCGUGGAGAUGAUUUUCAGCCGCCAGAAUUUAUGCAUCCAGAAUGUCUGCCGAUCAGGGUAUCACCUAGGGACGGAUUCUAUGGUCGAUUUAAUAUACGAUGUCUUGAGUUUGUAAGAAGUGGUCCAGCACCUAGAGAAGAUUGUGGUUUUGGACCUAGAGAGCAGCUUUCCCAGGUGACGAGCUAUAUAGAUGCUUCCACUGUGUACAGUAGCAACGCCAGAGUCAGUGACAGUCUCAGACUAUUCCGCAAUGGAUUAUUAAAGUAUGGCAAACUACAGUCUAGGAAGCCCCUUUUACCCAGACAGAAUCUUCUGAAUGAUCUUUGCCAAAGAGGAUCCUUAGCUACUGAUUGCUUCAUGGCUGGUGAUGGUCGCGCUGUUGAACAACCAGCACUUACAACACUCCAUGUUGUUUUUCUUAGACAACACAAUAGGAUUGCCACAGAAUUGGCAGCUCUGAAUCCGCACUGGAGUGACGAAAAGUUGUAUCAGGAAACUAGGAGGAUAAUAAUAGCACUUAUGCAGCAGAUUACUUACAGAGAAUUUUUGCCAGUGGUUCUCGGUAGGGCAGUCAUGGAGAACUUUGAUCUAGAUAUUCAUAAUAAGGGUUACUUCGAUGGUUACGAUCCAUCCAUUAAUCCAAACGUAAUUAAUUCCUUCGCCACCGCUGCAUAUCGUUUUGGCCAUUCUCUUGUCCAGCCAAGUUUUGUUAGAUUUGAUAGCAGACAUCGUCCAAUACCAAAUAAUGUUUCUAUCCACGAUGAGUUCAGUAAUCCGAUAAACCUGCAGACUGCAGGAUCAGUGGAUAGAUUGCUCUUGGGAUUGGUCAAUCAACCAUCUCAAACGAGAGACGAGUUCAUAACUGAGGAGCUGACGAAUCAUCUUUUCCAAACACCAAAUUUUCCAUUUGGUAUGGACCUGGCUUCCUUGAAUAUACAAAGGGGUCGUGAUCACGGGAUUCCUCCUUAUGUGAACUGGCGCGAACCAUGUGGUCUCAGUCCCAUCAGGAACUGGGAAGAUCUGAAGCGAGUGAUGCCGACAUCUUUAGUUAGAAAGUUUUCGCAGGUUUAUGUGUCUGUGGAGGACAUAGACCUGUUUCCUGCUGGACUCUCCGAGUUUUCCGUUCCUGGUGGCCUCGUAGGACCCACCUUCGCAUGUAUCAUUGCUCAGCAAUUUAGCAAUCUACGAAAAGGAGACCGUUUCUGGUUUGAAAAUCCAGAUGCAGAAAACAGCUUCACUCCUGCACAGCUACAACAGUUGAGGAGAGUCACGUUGUCUCAGAUUUUGUGUAAAACAAUGGACAGCAUUGACACCAUUCAGCCAUUUGCAUUCCUGAUUGCUGAUGACUUCAGGAACAGUAGAUUGCCCUGUGAGAGUGCACUGAUUGGCAAUCUUGAUCUGAAACCUUGGAUGGAGAGAAUCUCUGGAAGAACGAACAGCCGGGAAGAGGCUGAAGGUAUCUCUGCUGAGUCGAAGAACAACGAGAAGAGCUUUUUAGCUAUCUUCAAACCAAUCAAGACUAAUAUACAUCAGCACAACAAGAUCUCCGUAAAGCGUCCUCUGGGCUCACAUGAGAAUCUCACUAUUGUUGUUCAAAAUAAUGCUGUCAACUCACCGGUAUUUGUGAACGAUGCUUUUUCAGGAAGCAACUUUCAAUUUACACAGCAGACAACACCUGGCUCACAGAAACCUAGUAAACCAUCUCCGGGACAUGGAAGUUUUGACAGUACCAGUAAACCGUUCCAUCAAGGAAGUUAUGGUCAAUCUGAAAUUCCAUCAGGGAUACCAAGACCUAUACAGAGUCAUCGUCCAAGUGGACCAUAUAUCCCACACAGCUUUAACGAUCCCAGUAAUCCAAAUCCUCCAAAUUAUGGAUUUGUCACAAAACCUCUUAGUGAACAUAUAUCCAGUGAUGUAUUUUUUGACCCUCUUACAACCUCUACCAGCAGUCCAACUCUUUACACCUACUACACGACAUUCAAACCUAGACCUACAAGACCUUCCAAACCUGUUAAUCAACACGAUGAUCCCAAACCAGGUUAUCCACAAGGUAGUAUCGGUUAUCAGGAUGAAAUUUCGAGACCACUCUACGGAAGCUCUAGACCACCUCACGGUAGUUCUAGACCAACUGGAGGAUCAUGGUCAUCCAGCACACCACAGUAUGAUAGUCACAGUCAUUCACCAGGUACUGACUCGACAUGGACCCAUAAACCAGUGUAUGGUGGAUGGAGUUCUGAAGAACCCUGGUCCAAUAAACCAAUCAGUCAAAGUGAUUCUCAUGGUUGGACGAAUAUACCUUCCUAUCAAAACAGACCUAGUGGUAGACCCACGGUGCAGAGUGAUCCAAAUAAUUGGUCAGAUAAUCCAAAUGGACAGAAUAAACCAAUUCCAUCAAGACCUCAAUAUUGGUCUGAAUAUGGAGGUUCUACAACAAGAUAUCCAUCAACAGCAAAUAGGUAUCCAUCAACAACCAGCAGAUAUCCAUCCACUACAAGUCGAUAUCCAAGUGGCAAUUUUUACUACGAUCAAACUUUCCAAAUACAAAAUGCUCAGGCGAAUAUAAAUCCGCGUCCGCUGAAAACACAAAGUGUCACCAUCGUAACGGAAACGGAUGAGGCUGUUCAUUACACUGAAAACAAACGUUACGGUUUCGGAAACAAGAACAAUGUCAAGAUUGAAAUUCCAAGGCCGCUGAUAGCCGAGCACAAGGACGAUGAUGUCGAAUUGUUCGAGAGAAAUGAGCGUAGACGACCUGGACAGUAUUAUUACGAAAAGAAUGUCCUCCAUCGUUAUCCUGACAUGACGUCAGUUAAUCAAACAAAUUUUAACCAGAACAAAACUCAAUAUUAUCAUCAUGAAAAAAAUGACGAUUCGGUUCCUUACAAGAACGAAGGUCAGCAUAUGACGUAUGAUGAUGACGAGGACGAGGAUGUUCCAUUGCCUGACUUACUUGAUGAGAAUGAUGAUGAUCAAUCGUAUCAGGGUAAAAUAAUGUUUGAUAGUAAAUAUCAAAUUGAGCAUCUAAAUGACAACAGGCAGUUGCAAUUUUCGGUAAAUUCUGUUACUAAAGCUCACAUUGUUCAAGAGGAGGUCAAACUUACUACUACUGCUACGAUCAUUUUGGACGAUGAUGAUAAAAACGAUGGUUCCAAGGAUCGAGCAUCCGAGGAUUAUAAUAAUUAUGAAGAGGCUGACGACGAUCUCAAAGGAGCUUAUUCUGAUAAUAUCAGGAGCGUCAUUAAGAAUUUUAACAGAUCAACGCAGCGCAGAAAAAUGUCGAAGACGACGUCGAGUGUCGAAGACUCAAAAAUGGCGUCGAGUGAAUUCACGAGUGCCAAGGAAUCGUCGAAUAACGUUAGAAGACAGGGAACUUAGGCUUCGCCGAUAAUCUUCCUGUUUCAAUGACUGUUAAAUAGUAGAACAUUAUAUAUUAAUUUAACUCCAAGAUUACUCGUACAUAAUAUUUAAUUCGAAUAUUUGUUGUCUACCAGUGAUCCGUGAUCAAUGGAAAUAACCAUAAAUCGAUUAAUCGCAUUCCUAGUACAGCUGUUAUCUCAUGAAAUUACUGAGCGGCAAACCAGAAUCGAAUUGUUAUUUAUUUUUUUUGCUUCCAGACACUUCACUAGUCUUAUGUAUCUCAUUACUAGUUAUCUAGAGUCCGACCUGAUUUAUUAUUUCGAAAGCAACUUCGUACUGCAAACGUAAUAAUUUUCGAGAGCAGCACUCGAGUCGAAGUGUCUAAGUACAUACUAGGUAUAAUUGCCAUUGGGAAUUCUAUGAAAUAAGCAACGAAUCUCAUAUUAGAAAAUUCCUUUUGGACGGAGUAGCCAGUGAACGCACGUAGAUAAUUUAAUCAGGAUUAUAUAAUGUUCAUAAAAAUUCCAAUAACCUACAUACCAGUAGCAAUAAUUAAGCAUAGUCCAACAAUCAGAUUUACAUGACUUCCCUGUAAAAAGAAUUUUGUUAAGCGUUUAUAAUACGAAAGAAAUAUUCUUCGCGUCUACAACAAUGAAAGAUGUAUUAGUUAUUUACAAUUACGAAUAUUAUUAAUAUAAUUUUUAUUAUAAUAUUGUGACUCGUGCCCGACCUAAUACCAGACUUCAGAAAUAGUGUUAGUACUUCCUGACCAAAGUACCACGGUCUGACAGUAAAUAUAGACUGGUGCAGCUUGCUCGAAUUAUGCUCGGCACGUCGCGGCAGCUUCUGUUUCUAAGCAAAUAAUAUCAUGAAAAUGGCCUAAUUGAACUCGUUGCUCCAAAUCUUGUAUUACAGCUGAGAGCAGGAGAGAGAGGGAGAGAGAAGGAGAGAGAAAUAGUCGGUGAAUGUUUUAAUGAAAAAAGGGAGAAAAAAUGGGACAUCUCACAUGACGUCCAUUACGUGUGCUUUUGUCACGAUUCCUUUUUGUUCACGUAUACAUAUAAUGCAGCUCUCGUUGCAAACGUUGCAUUUCUCUAUGCAACGUUAGAUGCACUUUUUAAAGUGUUUCAUAUUCUACGUGUACAACUUUGUGCAUGUAUAAAGUCGAUGCUUCAUAGUCGGGUGGGUUAUAUAAAACGAUGAAUUUUUAACUAUCAAUUUACUUCAUACCGAUUAGCCUUAACAGAGCGUCACGUGUUACUUUAUGUGACUAGUAUUGAUUUUCAAAAGAAUUUGAACUUUGAGUAACAGUUAUUCAUGAAUAUUAUGAAUAUAUUGAUUUUUUUGAAAUCGCACCAUGUUCUUUUUUUAAUAUACAAAAUUUUUUAAUUUUACAUUAAUCAUUAAAAUCUUAACGUAUUUUCGCUUGGAAUUCAAGUCAUUUGAAUUUGUCUGAGUGGAAUUCAAAGAGCGUAGCCUAGUUAAGAGAACUUUGAAUCUUCCUCGAAGUCUCGUUGACGGGUGUCGACUAUUUUAAGAUCCGCAAGUUUCUGACUCACGAGUCAACGAACGAUGCAUAAAUUGUUACGUUCGGAGAUACAUUUGGUGUCGAAGAUGCAGGAUGGAAUUUCAGGAAGUUUAUCGCCUAAGAAUUGUCUUUUUGUGAAUCACGAUAGUGACGUCAAGCGAAUCACAAUAUACAUAUAAGAAUCUUAUAAACAAAAUCAUUUGCCAACGAUAAUAAUCGCUGACGAACCACUACUGAUUGAAUAAUAUGGUUGGCAUGAUAAUGCUGGAUAAGCACAGAUAACGUAUUAUCAUUGAAUUGUAUAGAUUGUUCGAUAUACCAGCUCUUGUACCAUGUCGAGUGAUUGGAUCGAUUUGAUACCAGAUAAAAAGCAUGAAUGAUUUAUUUUAGUUGUGAUAUUUAUAGAAUUAUAUUUUCAUAUCAAUUCUUAUCAUAAACGUCAAUAAAAGUAACGGGCGAUUUUUUUAUCAAUUGAUAGUGCACAUUUAUAAAUUAUACAGAUAUAAUGAAAACAAUAGAAGAAAAAAUUAGAAUUAUUUUUUCAUAUUUACACAUUUCCGUAAGUUAUCGAUUUUAAAAAUUGGGCAUUCGUCGUCCACGUGUACGUAUUUUCGUGAAAUUUCGUUUAACCCAAUUAUCCCCAGUGAAUUCCUGCCGCGCGAAUACGUCAGGCCGUGCGAUUUCGCAUAUGAUUUAUCUUUGAAAACGGAGUCGAAUGUCGUACAAGUAGAAACAAGUUCGCACUGUCUGAAACCUUUCACCUGGUCGAAAAUUAGAAAGCCGUUAGAGCAGCCAUUGCUCUCAAAGGCGCAGGCGCACCCUCUUUUCCUCGAGGGAUAAAUUUACGUGAAUAUUCAAACGAGGAAGAUAGUUGGUGCGUUAAGGUAUUACUACGGAUCGAAAAAUAAGAAAAUUUUCAAUGUAAGAUUUGAACAAUCCAGCGUCAACUUUUGACCUCGGAAAUACUCGAAAUCUGAUGAGUGAAUCGUGUUAAGAAUUUGUAGAGAGAUGUACUGCUAUACAAAUUAGACGUAAAACAAAUUUCAGCUCGAUUUCGCGGUUUUGAGUUUACCGUAGUAAUACCUUAAGGAAUGAUCGACAAAUCAUUUGUGCCUCAGGCUCUGCUAACCUAUGUGCGUAAACACUUGGCUCGAGAAUAUCGCUGCUUCUGGUUUACGGGGUCAGCUGUGAAGAGCAAAAGGAAAUUCAAGUCGGGUCGAACGAUCGUAAUGCAGUUUUCGAUGUCACGACCUGGUUUUGUACUACGCGCUUCGACUUAUCUGGAGACGACAAGGCGUCCGUGGCGUCGGGACGCAGUAACAGAGUUCAUCAAUCAUCAUGCAUCGUGGUCAACAAAGCAGGAUUUUGUUAUCGACAAAGAUUUCUCUUAUGAUCAACUACAAGAGGAUACCACAAACAAAUAAAAAUCUGUAAGCAUC